AUGGCCAAGCUACUGCGAAGCCUGCAGGAUUCCGAGAUCAUCGCCCGCUUCCAGCGCCGCUGCGGGCUCUUCCCAGCGCCAGAUGAGAGUCCCGGAGCGGAGAAGUCCCCUGCAGCCGAUGGCCAGGACAGCACGGGCCGCGCGGCAUCGCUCCAGGUAACCGGGGGGCCAGGUAUUUUUCACCUUCCUGCAUGGCCUGGCAAGCUCCUAGAAAUUCCUUCUAAUUCUCUAAGGAGAAGAGACUUGGAGAAGUCAUUUGAACAGAAAUAUAUUGUGAAGAAUUAUUUCUUCUAUUACCUAUUCAAAUUUUCAGCUGCUCUGGGCCAAGAAGUAUUUUACAUCACAUUUCUUCCAUUCACUUACUGGAAUAUUGAUUGUUAUUCAGCUAAAAGACUGAUAAUCAUAUGGGUGCUGGUGAUGUACAUUGGCCAGGUGGCCAAGGAUCUCCUGAAGUGGCCCCGUCCAUUCUCCCCACCUGUAGUGAAACUGGAAAAGAGGGUGAUUACCGAGUAUGGAAUGCCCUCCACCCAUGCCAUGGCAGCCACAGCCAUUUCCUUCACUCUGCUCAUAUCCACCAUGGACAGAUUCCAGUAUCCUUUCAUUUUGGGACUGAUGUUGGCUGUGGUGUUUUCCACGUUGGUGUGUCUCAGUAGAAUUUACACGGGGAUGCACACGGUCCUGGAUGUGCUGGGUGGAAUCUUCAUCACCACGAUCCUCAUCAUCCUCACCUACCCAUCCUGGCCCCUCCUGGACAGCCUGGACUCUGCCAGUCCUCUCUUCCCCGUGUGUGUCCUAGUGGUCCCCUUUGUCCUGUGCUACAACUACCCCGUGCCUGAGUUAUACAGCCCCACCAGGGCCGACACCACCACCAUCAUGGCUGCUGGGGCUGGAGCCACGAUUGGAUUCUGGAUGAACCACUUCUUCCAGUUAUCAUCCGAGCCAGCCUCCUCUAUGCCCAUGAUCAAGAGCCUUUCGACACUCACCACCCACCAAAUGUUCCUGGGGUUAAGCAGAUUCACCGUGGGGAUCGUACUAAUCCUCGGGGUCCGUCAGCUGAUGCAAAAGCUCUCAUUGCAAGUGCUGUUCUCCUGGUUCAAAGUGGUCACCAGGAAUAAGGAGGCCAGACGAAGACUGGAGAUUGAAGUGCCUUACAAAUUUGUCACCUACACAUCGGUGGGCCUCUGUACUACCACCUUUGUGCCCAUGCUACACCGGUUUUUGGGAUUGCUUUGAGCCUCCAUAGGUUGGAAAUUAGCCCCUAUGACCUGAGACAUAGACAUCCUCAAUUGGACAGCUCUUGCUUCCCAAAUUCAUGUUCCUUGCCCUGUCCUGCUGAGAGCUCAGAUCAACAUUGCAGCUGUUCAAAGGGAAACCUGUCCCACAAACAGGAUCCUCUAGUUUGUGAGGGUGGUCUUGCCUCCAUAGAUACC